AUGUCUUCGCUCAAUCUGUCCACCAAUGGCGUGGCCAUCAAGAACAGCUACCAAGGCGUCAUCAACGGCACGCUGUCAUCAACCUCACCUACCGCCGCUCGCUGGGCCCUGUUCACGGUACAGGCGCCAUUACUGAAUGCCUUCCAAAACACGGGUUCGAAAGAGAGUGUCCUCAAGGUUGAGACCACUGGCGAGGGCGAGCUUGCCGACCUGAUCGAGGACUUCAACGAGGGACGCAUUCAGUUUGCUUUUGUCAGAGUCAAGGACCCAAACAGUGGCCUGCCCAAGAAUGUCUUCAUCGCCUGGUGCGGUGGGGGCGUCCCUGAGCGGACCAAAGGCUACUUCACCAGCCACGUUGCCGCCGUCUCCAAGGUCCUCACCGGUUACCACGUCCAAAUCACGGCGCGAUCUGAUGCCGACCUCGAACCUGAAGCCAUCGUGCAAAAGGUUGCGGAUGCAUCGGGUGCUAAAUACUCGGCUGGGUCCGCCCCGGUCCCUGCUACGGCGGCAGCGCCACCGCCGGUUGCCAAGAAGCCCGUCUUCACUCCGACUACCUCGACUUCCGGCACCUCCUUCAAUCCCCUCGUCGCGGCCCGCAAUCGCAGACAAGAUAAUACCGAUGAUGACGGCUGGGGAGCAGACGCCCCUCCCGUUUCCCGCACUCAGAUCGAAAAGGUGGCGCCCGCCUACAAGCCAACCAAGGUUGAUAUUGCUGGUCUGAGGAAAAACCCCGACGAGUCCCGCCACAGCACCCCCUCUCAAUCCGAUGAUCAGGCUCGCGAUAUUGUUAAGGGUGGGUAUCAGCCCGUGGGAAGAGUUGAUGUGGCCGCCUUGCGGGCUCAGGCAAAGCAGGAUGACCGGCCUGCCGUGGUAAGGGGUGCCUAUGAACCCGUGGGAAAGGUCGACAUCGCCGCCAUUCGUGCCAAAACUCAGCGUCCAGUAGAAGCAUCAGAGGAGCCAUCAGCACCAAAGUCUCUUGCCGAGCGCAGUGCUGCCUUUGCUCAAUCGGAACGUCUUACAGAGCUGCCCAAACCCAAGGUCGCCAAGAAGUUUGGCAGUACUCCCUUUACUGGGACCAAAGCACCCACGCCAUCCGGCUUCGGGGCGGCAUCUGUUCCAGCGCCUCCACCGGUUGGCGCCGCCAGCCGCACAUUUGCUGACCAGGGGGGCAAAACACCGGCCCAGCUGUGGGCGGAGAAGAAGGCUAAGCAAGCUGGAUCAAUCUCGUCGGCAUCGCCUGGGCCUGCUCCCGAAAUCACGGCUCAAAAGAGCGGCAGCGAGUGGAAGAGCGGAUACGCAGGCAAGAGCUGGGCUCCUGUCAGUACGACCAACUUUGGACGCGGCGGGGUGGAGAAGCAUGCGACCGGCGGUAGUGGUACUGAGCGCUCACAGCCCGAAGCCGAGCCCGAGACAGCCGCGCCUUCCCCCGGUGGCAUCGCAGCACUGCGCGAUAGGUUCAAGGACCAACCGCCCAUUGGCGUCUCUUCACGAUCUGCGCCAGCUGAAGAGGAGGCCGCGCCGCCGCCACCACCUCAGGCAAGCCGACCUGCCGGAGGGUUUGCCCUCCCUGGUCUCCCAUCCAGACCAGCCCCAGCGGAGGAAGAGGAGGAGGAGGAGCAGCAAGAGCCUCCCGUCCCAUCUCGGAACUACGAAGAACGCGACCCCUCUCCUGUGCGCAUUGCGGUGCCGGUUGCACGCAGUUCUGUUCCAGACCUUGAACCGCCUGUUGAGGCGCUUCCCCCUCGUCCUGUGCCUGUUCCUGAGGAGAUCCCUCGCGAGGAAGACCUCCCAGCAGAGGAGGAUGCCUAUGAUCCCCGGGCUGCUGCUGCCACCGUCGCGGCUGUUGCCAGUGAUACUACCAGGCCAGGUGGAGCAGCUCCUCAGUCCAACACCGAUGGCGGCUUACGUGCUGUAGUUCUAUUCGAUUAUGAAAAGGCUGAGGAUAAUGAGCUUGAACUACGCGAGAACGAAAUCAUUAGCAACAUUGACAAGGUGGACCCUGAUUGGUGGAUGGGCACAGAUGCCCAAGGCCGGAGCGGCUUGUUCCCUUGCAACUAUGUCGAAAUUCUGGAGGCUGACGUAGCGGCUCCUGUCCCUUCGGCCCCUGCUCCCGCUCCCGCUCCCGCUCCGGCCCCGGCCCCAGGGCCAAGCCAUGCUUCCGCGCCCGAUUCAAAGUCUGAGUACGAUGUAGGAAGCGGGCCAACGGCCACGGCUCAGUUUGACUAUGAAGCCGCGGAGGACAAUGAACUGAGCUUCCCAGAGGGCGCUACCAUCACCAACUUGGACUUUCCUGAUGAGGACUGGUGGUUUGGACACUACAAGGGAGCGUCGGGUCUCUUCCCUGCCAACUAUGUGGAGCUUGAUCAGAAGCCUUAG